AUGGCCACCUGCUUCAGAGGGGCCGCCCCCUUCGCCAGAUCGCCGUUUUCUCGCAUUACUGCCUUCCAAUAUCGUGCCACUCAGCCAAGUCCGUUCGCGACCCUCCGUUUCUUCACAUCGAGCACACUUCGCGCUGCUUCUACGAAGGCCAAGCCCAGCGUCGCAGCCCCCCGGCCCAAGGCCAUUCCGGCAGCCGUCGCCAAAACAUACCAGCCCAAAGACAAACUGUCUUAUGUAUUGCGGACAUUGGCGGAAAAGGGUUCGGAGACGCUUCUUUACUCGGCACCAAACCAAGGGGCAUUUCGAAUCGUGUGCUACGUCGCUGGACUCGCCUGCUUCGGUGCUGCUGCUUCGUCGUACCGGUUCUUCUUCAGUGAUUCGAAGGAGGCGAGAGACAGGAAUGGGAUUGCUAGCUGGGUCCCGUUGGCCUUUGGCUUCAUUGCGGUCUUCUGGGCCUGUAUAGGUUCUUGGCUGGUGGCAGCACCCCUGGGUGUAGUCCGGUCGAUCUCUGCUAUACCUAAACUCGGUACUCAGACGACAGUGGCCCUGCGCAUUGAGAUCAUGCGCCUGCCUGGCAUGAAGGAUAAGGUCUUCUAUGCCAUGCCGCCCGAGGUUACGGCUGACGGUAGCAUUGCUGCCACUACCGUUGAGUACGCCGUAGCGAGGAAAGCUGUCGUGGACUCAAGAAUGCCGCGAUCGGAUGAUCCAAUGCUGCUGAAGCCGUUCCUCGCCAUAGGUAGAUGGGUUAGCCGAUCGGUAUACACCAUCAUGAUCUACACCAAGAUGUCAGUGAUGAGAGAAGGUUUCGUGAAGAUUAGGAUUAGAGAUGAAGCGGUAGCCAAGGUUGACUGCGCAGGCGAAAUGUUCCUGGAUGGACUCGUCCUUGAUAAAUUGAUCCCGAUUCGUUAA